AUGCACGUAAGCCCGGACAAAAGAUUGCCUGCAGGACCAGCGGCCUACCUGGUUGCUGACACGCUGAGUCGGUCUAUCAGCAUCCACCUGCCCACCCAGACAGAACUUUCUGUCGGGCGUAAACGGGCUGCGCUCCUCUAGCUCAGAUGGUUCUGUCACACUUAGUUUGCAGCUGGAAUAAGGCAUACUUCCCAGACUUUGUUUCAGAUAGGACUAGGGCUGCGCCCUGACUGCAAACGUCCAUAGGAGUGUCCGUUCAUUAAGGUAGGAAGGGGUUUCAAACUCCCGCCAGAGGGUGCGGGUGUGCUACACAGUCGAUGAAGUCCCGAGACUUUAAUUCCAGCGGCUUAGAUGGAAUGGAGCACUUUCACGCCUGGGCCGCCGAGUGCCAAUAGUUACGCCUCUCUCGCCGCCACGGAUGGCGCUUAUGUGUUUUAAAGGUGGCAUUACCGUCUACGAUGUUUGCUCCACAGGAAAUGCCCCAAAGGGCCUCGUCUAGGCAUUCAGCAACAGGUAUCAGGCUUCUGAGUGACAUGCGUCCCGAGGUCGUUAAGGCCAAGCAAUCGUUCCGGACGGUCUACAAGUGCGUUCACGCGCGCCGGCAUUUGGCGCUCUCGCUGAUGAUCACGCAGACGCCCUGGACUUGUCCUGACUCCGAAGAAAUGUGCACUGACCCACCGCUCGCACAGGGGAUCUUCGGUCGCCCGUAUUUUCGCCAUCAAUUGAACAUGGAGAAAUCAGUUUGUAGGGGCUGUCUUUGGGAGCAACAGAAGUGUCCAACUUGAAGACACUAACAGCCUCUCGGAACGACUGAAGGGGGAGGAUUUUCUCCAAAUCUUCCCUGUACGGAGCAACGUCCUUAGGAGACAAGUUGAGCCACACAUUGAAGGCGGCCUGCUGGACGACGGGGUGUUUGUUAGUCAAAAGUCGAAGAACAGUAAGCGAGAGUUCCUCGUGCUUGAAAAUCGACGGGAGAUUAGGCAUCUGAGAAAAUAGGUUGAGGACGCAGAUGAGAACAUCCUCGUUCGCCUUACUCGGACAGCCAUAGUAUUCAGAGUUAACAAAUUUCAAGAAGAUGGGCACCAAAAAACGCGCACGUUUGCCCACUCCGGCGGGUGUGAUGGUGCGCCAUAGAUUGAGUCGGUUACUCCUUACAGUCCGGUCUUCUGUGUGGUGAGAAAGUGGUCGGAGCCUCAGUGCCGUUUACGGGGAGGAGAGAGGCACUGCGUUAAUCCGGUAUCGCACACAACAGUGCCAGAAAGGCUGAUUCGAUGGGCAGUUCGUCGAAGACGAGAGUAGAUGGAUCUGAAUCACCCUCGUCCGGCAGCCGAAAACUCGCAGACGUCUCCUCCCCCAACAGUUCAGUCAGUUUGUAUCUAGCAUCGAGAAACCUGGGAGAAGCGAAAAGAUAAGGCAAUCCCCGCCCGCACUCACCACAGUCCCACCCCCUCUAAAAGUCCUACGGAGAAGGCAACACAGUUUCGCAAGCGGACCAAGUCACUUCGGGUUGUCUUUUGACUAAUCAGAUCGAAACCCUCGGUGGAGUUAGGGAGUCGAAUGGGAUUAAUAAACACCACUACCUAUUCCCUGCUGUUGGGGGGGAGGGGGAGGGAGGGCAGAAAAGGUGUUCUAAAAUGCUGCUAAGCCUGCGUAUUCGGCGAUAUUUACUGACGGAGGACCAUCGUUGUGUAGCCUGACGCUCCUCAUGGCCAAGGUGCGACUGCGUCUAUUGAUUCGCCAUCAGACAUCCAAUUUGCACAAACUCACGACUAAGUUAAGCGGCGAUCUCUUUGGGGCAUGGGAAAGUGACCGGAAUGCAGGCGGUGUCGUCAGCGGUUGCCCACACAGAAGCUCUAUGGUCAUUCACGCUUGAUGCUCGUUGUAUAACCUAAUACUGCCAUGAAACAAUUUAGGUCAGUUAUAUCAGACACCAUAACGGUUGUAGCAAGUACUUGUAGGCAAUGUGUCGAGGUACGAAAGUCGACAAUAGGAGGUUCACAAACCAAAAGACGGAAGGCAGUUAUCUGAACAACCUUUGGUGAAGCGAGAAAGCGUACAAGCGGUUCAACAGGCAGUGAAAACAACUGUUCUCACCAGUCGAGUGUCUACCGUUCAGAUUGUUGGCCCCGACGCGAGGUGCGUGAGUGCGUGCGCCUGGGUUGUCCGCCUGAAGCCAAUCAGCGAAGGAUACAACGCCGGUUGGCGUCAAGCUCUCGCCAUGCCAGUGUCAAGCUGUGCGCUGCGAAAGCAUCCGACUGAAGGAAUGCUUGGCGAGUUGUAGGCGGCAUGAGUGAGCAGCCUCGCUGGCGACCACGGUAGCGUACUGCCCUAAAUACACUGGCGGUCCGCACCAAGAGUAAUCACGAACCUCCAUGUAGUACCGCCCCGGCACUCAAUCCACAUCUGUCUCUUCACAAAGCUGUGCUCAGCGAGGCAGCCACGCCCCCGUAAACGUUCAUGGUAGACAAGAUCAAACAAAUAAGGGUGUUCGUCGUGUUUGUGCUUUUCUCUUCCUCUAAUUUUUCAUUUCUGAUUUUUUUUUCCUGUGGCAUAAAGUCCUGGCCAGUGUGCGUCGUAGACCAGGGAGUAUGUUGGUACGCAUAGGUGCGGGUUUCGCCGUGCCAACCACUUGUGGCCCCUCUUGUCUCUGGCCUUCUGGACUCUGCGAUGACACCGGGCCAUGUGAGGCGAGGGCAGGGUGCGGCCUGCUUAGGUGCGGGUCAGGCCGUGCCAGACACCUGCGCCCUCCCUCACAUCCGGUUGUCUUGACACCAGAUUCAGGUGUGCAGGUCACCGUUUAUAUUUCAGCAACUUGUUCGCUUGGAGAGCGACGGGAAAGCUCUGCCUCCCGUCUCUCUACCCUUCUCCCAUGCCCUUCCCCCUUCAAGUCCUAAGGCAAUGUCGUAGGCGGGCCCAGGCUAACUCUGGUAGUCCUCCAACUAAAUAAAGGCCGUGGCCCAUAGCGGAGUCCGGCAGCCGUCUGAGACAACUGAGCAGCCCUAUUUAGGAAGAGCACUGCUCACACCCGCGAGCGGGAAGGGUUUAGAAAAGGUGCCCUAAACAAAUGCUAGGAAUCCACGCCGUUUGCAGGCUGACCGUGGUUUCGGACGCAAAACGUACGGUCGAGACAACCAAACAAGAAACAACACUCGCUCUUAUUACCUACAAAGACAAGGAAGGCUGGAAUGGCAAUUUCCGGCUUACUAUCCAUCGUCAGCCGGUAAUACCCAGCCCCGAAGUGUGGAAUACCCGAGGCUCGAACUCGCGACCUGUUAGUUAGAAGUCCACGCCUAUAACCGCUGGACCACGAGCCCGUUGCCCAGUUCGUUUCGAUCGAGUCGCGACUUCGAGCCUUGGGUGUCCCACACUUCGGGGUUGGAUAUGAAUGGCUGACGAUGGCUAAUGAGCCAGAAAUGGCCAUUCCAGUCUCCCUAGUCUUUGUCCGUAAUAACAUACUACCUAUAUCAUGCGCCGCUGUGCGGCUGCUGGUUGGGCUCGAGAGAGAGCCCGUAAAGCACAACGGAACAAGUGAGAUCGGUGAGCGCCCCCUACCAUUGAACGCACACUCUCUCUUCUCCCUCCCCCUAUCCCACCCCACAGGUUGGUAGGCUAGGUCCGCUCACUCUGGCAGCCUGGAAUGUUCGUUCCCUAUUUGACAGUCCGAGGAAGAACCGACCGGAACGGAGGAGUGCGCUAGUGACUCCGGAACUGGCGCUCUACAAGGUGAACAUCACUGCACUCAGCGAGACCCAGUCCCCCGAACGAGGCCAACUGGAGGAGGUGGGUGCCGGCUACACCUUCUGGAGCGGCCGCCCCAGAGCAGAGCGAGAGGACAGGGGCGUCGCCUUCGCCAUCCGAAAUGACGUGGUGGAACGACUGCCCUGUCUGCCAAAGGACGUCAACGAUCGCCUGAUGAGCCUACGCCUGCCUCUCCGGGGAGGCAAAUUGGCCACCAUCGUCAGUGUCUACGCCCCGCCGAUGAUCAGCCCUGAUGGUACAAGGGAUAAAUUCUAG